AUGACUAGUUCUACAAAUAAUAAUAUCCUGAUGGUGAGUCCAGUGGAUGCAAAUGCGUACAAAACUGACCCUUCACAUCGACAUGCAAGAUCGAUCAUUCGAGAAUUCGGUUUGAAUACAUCGACUCACGGUAUUCCAGGUAUUGCACGUAGUCAGAGCCUACCAAAUCGAAUAUUUUGGACGAUGUCUACACUUACGUUUACUGGUGUUAUGGCUUAUUUUAUCACAGAAUCGAUUCUAAAUUUCUUGGAAUACCCCACUCAGACAUUAGUUUCGGUCAUAGAUGAUUCGACUCAAAAAUUUCCAGCUGUUUCAAUUUGUAAUUAUUCUCCACUUCGAUACGAUCUGUUCGUCAAGGAUUUUUUGAAUUAUACCCAUGGUCUAAAUCUUACCGACACAAAUAAUUAUACAUUAACGGAAAAACAAUUCAUGCAAAUUGAAGAUUUUUUUCACUACAAACUGAACAGGAAUGAAUCAAUGAAUGGUUACUUUUUCACAUUGGAAAACAUGCUGAUUACGUGUAAAUUUAAUCAAAUAAAUUGCUACAAAGAAGACUUUGUCUACUUCUUAGAUGCACGCUAUGGCAACUGUUAUACGUUUAAUGCCAAAGCGAAUCAUAUUCGAAAUGGUACUUUACAUAGCUUAGCUGAAAAUGGAGAUUGGGGAAUUUUAGAACUUGAGUUAUACGUUCAUAGUCAUCAGUACGUUCCGUACUGGUCUUCUGCUAUCGGACUCCUCGUUCAAAUUCAUGGUAAUGAACAAAUUCCUCUAAUGCAUUGGAAAGGACACUAUAUCAUGCCAGGACGACGGCAACGAAUACUUUUUAGCAGAAGAACACAGUAUCGUCUGGCGAAACCUUAUUCUGAUUGUGAUACAAAAGUUCCGCUUAUGUUGCAAGUUGCAUUUGAUCACUUUGGUAAUUCCAGUUACACUUACGAACAAUACAUAUGUGCGAUCGUCUGUAUACAAGUAUAUAUUUACACGAAGUGCGGUUGCAUUGAUCCGAAUGAAUGGACGAGUCGGUACCUUGCUAUACCAGGCAUCAAUAAGAUAAUAACUGCACCAGUAUGUAGUAAAGGUAGUACAUGCUAUAGAACAGAGCUUGAUCGCAUAAACAAUGACUACGACGUAUGGCAACAAAAUUGUCCAAUGUGCACGCUUGAAUGUACAACUACCAAUUUUCUAACAAAAAUAUCAUCCCUCUUAGCUCCAACGCAAUGGCUUCUGGACGAUCUUAAACCUAAAAUUGAAUCACUUUCCGUACCAUUGCCUGCUAACUGGUCAAAUACGUGGCAAUCCGAAAUCUCUCAAAAUUACGUUGCAUUAGAGGUAGUCAGCGAAUCUGCUCGAAUGGAGAUACUCACUGAUACAGCAUCGAUCGGUCCCGUAGAUCUUUUGUCAAAUAUUGGUGGUCAAACAGGUUUAUGGAUUGGUAUAAGUUUUCUAUCGUUGAUGGAAAUCACUGAAAUGCUUUAUCGUCUUAUUCGAUGCAAACUGUAUAAACUUCGAAAAUAA